ACGUCUACAUGUCCUGUGAAAGUGUUGCAGCUCAUGUUGAGGGAGACGAGGAGCAAAAAACAGUGCCGAUGAGAAAAUACCAAGAAAACCAGAUGUGGUUAUGCACAGAAAAGAGGCUGAAAUGUAAAAGAGCUGGAUUUCAUCAGUAUCUCGACUGAAAUCUACGAGCAAUGUUGACAGAUUAGCGACAUAGGAUGCAAACUGGAUAUAUUCUAGUUUUUUGUAUCUUCCCCAUUUUCUCGGAGGGAUGCUGCGUGGGAAACCGUCCAGAUAAAAGAUCGGGUACUAUGCUUUUGAAUGUCGUAAGCCAGAUGCUGCACACCAGCACUACCGAGCUGUGGAGGGGGAGAUGUUCGUGAUGCCGUGCUCCGAGUCUGUGUGUUCAAGGACCGCAGGAGGAGCUGAAGGCACAUCCUUCGUCUGUGGGAGCGAGUUCCCAGCGGAAGCAAGACAUUCUGGAAAGUACACGUGCAGGACGUUGCUGUCCAGUGGCAGCGAGUUGUUCUUCCACCUACAGGUGGUGAAGAGGUCAGAGAUCAGUCUGGGAUGCUUCCACCCGGAGGAGAACAGUGUAGAGCUGCGCGUUGAUGCAGGUGGGGAGGUCCCCUGCCCAGGUCUCAAGUGCAGUAACAACACGCAUGUCAUCUGGUACAAGGGUAACAAAGCUGUGUCUGAGCAGAACAGAUCCUCCUGUCAGACAAGUGGGUCCUUAAAGCUCUGCCAAGUCAGUAAACACGACACUGGCGUAUAUUUCUGUGAUCAACAAAUAAUUGAGCGAGGAGUCAUCUGGACCUUCAGGAGGGCUGUUCACGUGACUGUCGUACCUGACAAAGCAAGUUACCCUCCCAGGUUUAAAAAACCUUAUGGCAACACAACAGAGACAGUGCAGCUUGGUGGACCUCACAAUCUGACGUGUGAGGUAUAUUUUCCAUUUGAGGUCAACUUUUCGAGGGAGGUGCUGUGGUACAUGAAUCACGGUAGCAACAUGGAGAAUAUGACUCUACUACCAAUGGAGAAGCAACAACAGGUGAGAGUGACAUUUAACGAGUACAAGGUCAUACGAAGUGCCAUCAUUGAACAGGUGACUCCCCAACACUUGAACUACAGAUAUACCUGCAUCGCCAGCAAUAUUGUUGGAAACAGAAGGGGCACCGUUGAGCUCAAGAAUCAGAUUAAAGUGAAAUGGCCGUCGCUGGUUGGGUAUCCCAUUGCUUCUUUGCUGUUGGUAGCUGGACUAGGAAUCGUUUUACAUGUGAAAUGGCUGGAAAUACAACUUAUCUACAGAUCCCACUUCCAACAUGGAAAACAUCAUGGAGAAGAGAAAGAGUUUGAUGUGUUUCUGUCAUAUGUGUGGAGCCCGCCGCCGUCCGCAGGGGUGGAGGGAGUUUCGAGCCUUUCCUCCCCGAGAGGACCUGACACUGAUGAGGAAGCAUGUUUAUCCCGCAUGGACCUGCUGAACACUGAGGAGGGGGGGUCCACCCAGAGGCCACUAGAAGUGGUGCUGCCCCAGGUGUUAGAGGACCGGUGGGGGUAUCGCCUCUGUCUGUUGGAGAGGGACGUGGUUCCUGGAGGAGCAUAUACAAAUGAUGUGGUCCUCGCAAUACAGAGAAGCCGAAUGCUUAUCUGUCUCCUGUCAGCGGACUACCUCUCCAACAGCAACGCUGUGUUUGUGCUGGAGUCGGGAAUCCAGGCUUUGCUGCAAAACUCUGCCGUCAAACUCCUGCUGAUAUGGACCAGUAGAGCCUCAGCAUCCCUCAUCCAGCCGGACUCCCCGCUGCCCACGCUGGUCCAAAGGGCCUUGAAGGUGCUACCCAGUCUGGACUGGACCUCAGGAAAACCUGCCACAACCACAAGCAAUUUCUGGAGGUCUUUAAGGAAGGCCAUGCCUGAUCAGAGAGUGAAGCGGGUUUCACUCACGCAGAACCAGAAACAUUUGAUCCUGCCAUGAUGCACAGCGUUUGGACAAUGCAGCCCACACUGAAACGGUUUGCCGGCCAGUGCAAGACAUGAAUGAGCAAAUGUGUCAAGGAAAUGUCCACGAUGGUAAGAAUGACAAAUAAUUAAGUAUCAUUUUCAAAUAAAGGGAGAACAAGUGAGUCACCCUUUGUGCCAUGCUCAGGGCAGUAAGUGGUAUGUAGUCUUUUAUUUCCAUCUGUACCAAAAAUAAACUUGCAGUUAAACAAUUCAAAUGAAUCAAUUAUCUACUCUAUAAGAUUUAAAAAACAAUGAAUAUAAUGAAGGAUGUCUAAUAAAUUGAUAAACUAAAUAUA